UUAACAACUCGCCGAAUCUCUAUUCUGUCCUUUUCUUUCUCCUUCCUUCCUUCUCCAUUCUUCUAAACGUUUCAUCGCUUCCAUGGAGGCUAUGCUUCUCAAACCCACUUUUUACUAUUCGCCAAUCCUCAACCUCGCCAACUCUUCUACACCCGUCUCGUAUUCUGCCUGUAAAUCGAGAUUUGGACAACCUAGGCCUCUCUCCCUCAGACACUCUUCCGCAGCUUCUCCGAUCCGAUACUCGAGGAGUCUAAGGGUGGACGAGAGCGAGAGCUUGACACUUGACAGCAUAAGACACUCUUUGAUUCGUCAAGAGGACAGCAUCAUCUUCAACCUUCUCGAGCGAGCUCAGUAUCGCUACAACCCUGACACAUACGACGAAGAUGCUUUUGCUAUGGAAGGGUUUCAAGGAUCUUUGGUCGAGUUUAUGGUCAGAGAGACUGAACAGCUCCACGCUAAGGUGGACAGGUACAAGAGUCCAGAUGAACAUCCUUUCUUCCCACAGUGCUUGCCUGACCCAAUCCUUCCCCCUAUUCAAUACCCUCAGGUUCUGCAUCACUGUGCUGAUUCUAUAAACAUCAACAAGAAGGUGUGGAACAUGUACUUCAGACACCUUCUUCCCAGGUUGGUCAAUCCAGGGGACGAUGGUAACUGUGGUUCGGCUGCCGUCUGUGACACGAUGUGUUUGCAGAUACUUUCAAAGAGAAUCCACUUCGGGAAGUUUGUCGCCGAGGCCAAGUUUCUUGAGAAUCCAGCUACCUACGAAACUGCCAUCCGUGAACAAGACCGGACACAACUGCUGAGGCUUCUGACUUACGAAACAGUUGAAGAAGUAAUCAAGAAAAGAGUUGAGACCAAAGCCAGAAUUUUCGGUCAAGACAUAACAACCAACGAUCCAGAGGCUGAUCCUUCAUACAAAAUCAACCCUAGCUUGGUUGCUAAACUCUAUGGAGAAAGAAUCAUGCCCCUCACUAAGGAAGUCCAAAUUGAGUACUUGCUUAGGAGGCUUGAUUGAUUGAAACCAUUUUUUUUGUAUUUUUGAUCUUUUUAACUUUAUGAAACUGUAAUGUGACAUAAGCAGCUCAAGCUGAGUUUCAUUACAGGUUUAAACCGAGAAUAAAAAAAACAAAUGAACUCA